AACUUAUUACUGUAGGUUGUUUUAACACAAGAAACAACUUGAUAGUUUCUCAGAAGGAGAAAUGUAACAAGAUUAUGAAGCGGCUCAGAGACCGAGUCAUUGCCGCCGCAUAAGAAGGCAAGCACCAUGAAAUAUGAAAUGCUCUCUUCUUUGACAGAUUGCGUCAAAAGGCUUUAGCACAACAAGUUGGCGAUUGAGGACCCUCAAUCUCGAUUUCGUGGUGCUUGCCUUCUUUGCGGCGGAAAUGGUGGAGGUUGAUUACUGUCCCCAAACCCUAGCCCAUGCCUAUGUGUCUUUCUGGUGUGUAAUUUGCUAUUUCUUCAGAUUGUGGUGGAAGGAAUCUGAUUACUGUUGGUUUCCCCAAAUCCUAGCCUAGCCUAUGCAUAUGUGUCUUCUGGCCAUAAUCAGAUCUUUAAUUUUUAACUUGAGCAUGGAACAAUCAUGUUGAAUAUUGUGUUACACAUUACUCAUACACUGGCUCUUUUAGUGGUUAUAUGCCCCCCCACCCACACUUCUGGUUUUGUCGUAACCGAAUUAACAGAAAAAUUUAAAGUAAUUCGGCAUAAUCAUUGCUAUCUGUGUUCAUUAUUCUAUGGAAAAAAUCACACCUUGAUGCGUCUGGGCCGGUCCGGCAAUUUUAUUGGUGCCAUCAGACGUUUUUGUUUAAUCAAUUUAUGUUUUUGUUUUGGUCUAGAAUGUACUUAUAAAACUGAGCAAUCUGCUGAUGCAGAAUAUACUCAGAACCUCAAUUCAAUUAUCUGUCUUGUUGAGAAAACAAACUUGAAUCGGCCAGCUAAUGCAAGUACUCCUUAAUGUCUAUAUGCUUUUUGAAAAAUUAAGUAGCUUAAGUUGUCUACUGUAGAUGUCUUUGAUAUUUCUGUUGGUUGCUAAGAUGUGGUGGAGAAUGUUGUGAGGUAGUGUGUCUUGUGUAUGUGUGUGGGGGCAUGUGUAGGAAUCUAUAUGGUAGGCGUGUGGAGGAGUUUGGUUUUGGUGGAGAUUGAGCUUUCUCAGAGAAAUACCACUUCAUAAAGCUUGGUAGACGUAUGACUGAAUUCAGAAGACCACUUUAUGCACAAAUUACUGCUAAUUACUUGUAGUGGGAAGAUUGCUAUUUUGAAUUACGGGACUUUUUGGUACUCACGUUAUCAGAGUUGGCCAUAGUCUGAAGAUAGGGAACUUCAGUAUCAAAACAUGACCAUGGAAAGUCCUUUUAUCAAAGGAAUCCUUGCUUCAUAAUCUUGGGUAGACAAUGAUUGAAGUUUGGUUGCCUUACAGUGGACUGCUGAAUGGGCACCAUAUGAUUUUUUCCAUCCUUCAUAUUUCAUAAUGGGUUUUCCAAUGGAAUGUGAUUUGAACUUCGAGACAAGUCGUAGCUCAGAGCUUUUUGGAUUAUUGAAGAAUCAGUCAUGUCAGUGAAGACACAGAACAGGGUACGGUGCCUUUGUAUGACAAAUAGAAGUAGGCAGGUGACAUUUCCGAGCAGUCUCUCUCUUUCUUGUCUAAGCAUUAAAAGCUGGUGAUCCUCAUGACUUUGCAGCAGCUGUGAGAAAAUUAACUCAACAUGACACUUGGAAUGCAAAGAUGGAACUCAAUGAGCAUUCAAUGAUGAUCAGGAAAUGGAGGGACAAUUCUCUAUGCCGAGUCAAGAGAAAUAUCAAGCAAGCGAUAAUCAACCUGCCGGACCAUCUCGGCUGUCCAAUACUCUACAGCAAAAAGGUGCAAAAAAGAGAGAGAUUGAUAAGGCAUCCCGCCAGAGAAGAAAGGAACAAGAAAAUAAAAUGAAGGAGAAUUUGCAAUUUGUCAAUGAAGAGAACACAAGUCUGAAGCUGGAAAAUCAAGUUUUGAUGACCGAAAGAAACACAAUGGCUCAACAUUUUCAGUCAGAAGCCGAGGAAACCCAACAACUUCAAUCCAAUAUCGAUACUUUGAAUCAUGGUAUUGUGACUAGGAAAUGGCUGGUGGAUUUAUAUUCGAAUCAGCUGGCUGCUACCGACACUUCCCAUCGCGUGUCUGAACUCAGACAACUUGAGAUUGAAAUUUCUAUCUUAAGACAAACAGACUGGAAUCGGGAGAACUGGGACUCAGAAAAACAACUUCUUCUGGAAAAUAUUGCAGAAUUGGAAGUUGAAGAAAGGUCGCUCAAACUACAACACCAAGCCUUAAUUGAGUCCGUAAACACUAAUGAGGACGGCCAACAAGGAUACGCGGCAUAAUCUAUAAGGUGUAUUAAUUGGGUAGAUAUCAUGACUUCAAUAUUUCAUGGAAAUUUCAUGGUUAACUUAAUAUAUGGAUGUUUUUCUAGGAGUCUGAUAUGGGAAAGAUAAAUCUCAUAUAAUAGUUUAUCAGCUAAACAACUG